CGUGAAGAAGGGUUUCAGUCGAGCAGGUUAGUUCCCAAAAUUCGUCUUGAUUUCUAAUCUGAAAAUUCUUCUGGAUUUGUUGCAUAUAGAUUAUCACAUCAUGAAUUCCAAUCCCCGGAAUUCACAGAUCUUCAUUCAAGCCCCAGAUCUUGAAAUCCCAACUCGUGCCCUAACCCUAACCCCUAAUCUCACCAUCCAUCACCUCAAACAAUCGUUUCUUUCCCAGAUUAGUCCGAUUCAUCAAACCCUUGCAUCCUCCACUUUCUUCACCUUGAACGGCCGUCUUCUUUCAGAUUCCGAUACCGUUGAAAAAACUGGAGUCACGAGUUUGUCGACGCUCAGCCUUAGGUUGCGUCUUUCUGGCGGGGGUGGUGAUGGAGGCGCUACGGGGGCGGAGUCUCGUGAUUGUUACCUCAACAUGUAUGCUGAAAAAAAGCCCGAUAAGGUUGAUCCAAACGAGCAGAGAUUAUCGUUAUUUAUGAAUUGUGCGUUAUCGAAUGAGCCUCUGAAGCAUCCCAUCGUGGUCGAUUAUUUAGGGAAUCUGUUCAAUAAACAGGCUUUAGUGGAAUCAUUGUUGAUGAAGAAAUUGCCUAAAGCUUUUUCCCAUAUAAAGGGUUUGAAGGAUAUGAUCGCAGUCGAGCUUGCAUCAAUACCUGGAUCAGAUUCUCCUAAUGGCGGCGAAGUGAAGUUUCAAUGUCCGAUUACAGGGUUGGAGUUCAAUGGCAAGUAUAGGUUUCAUGCUUUGAAAAGUUGUGGGCAUGUGUUAAGUGCCAAAGCAUUGAAGGAGGUUAAAUCUUCUUCUUGUCUUGUUUGCCAUAAAGAUUUUGUAGAAUCUGAUAAGAUCGUGAUCAAUGGGAACGAAGAAGAGGUGAUUGCAUUACGAGAGAAGAUGGAGAUGGAGAAGGUGAAGUUGAGAGAGAAGAAGGUGAAGAAAGUAAAGAAUGGAGGUGGUGUUGGUGUGAAUGGAGAGAUGGGUGCUUCUAAUGAUGGAGUUAAGCUAAGCGGGAGUAAGCAUGGGAUUGAUUUGAAGGCAGCUGAGAAGGUUUCAGGGAAGAUUGAAACAAAUGGGAAAGUUGUUAAUGGGAAAAGUGAAGGGAAAAGAUUCAAGGCGGGCGAUCGGGCUCCUCAACAUGCAAAUAAGGAGGUGUAUGCAUCUAUUUUUACAUCUUCAAGGAAAUCUGAUUUCAAAGAAACAUAUUCUUGCAGAUCUUUGCCGCUCGGAAGGAACUGAACGGUGGUAUCCUGAUCACGGUGGUUGUAUUUUUCAGUUCAUGUGAAAAUUGCUAGCGAUUUGGGUGUUUGAUGUGUCGUUGUACUUCAUUUUGGUUAUAUUAUUGUUCGACAUUAAUCAAGAGGUGUCACUUUUUGAAAUCAUAAAACUGCAUAGUAGUCUUGUUUGAAGAUGUUGAAGCAAUCAAUCUGCAUAUUAUGCCUGGCUUUUGAAAUAUUUAUGUAGAAUGUAUGCUGCUGCAUUUGAUUU